GUCGAUGCUUGUUUCCACUCGGACCCGAUAUCUCCUCCCUCGUGAUCUCGGCUGAGCAUCUUCGCCCUGCGUGUUUACUGGGUUCUGUUUCUACGUAUAUUCUCCGGUAAAGUUCACCACCGGUACCGGACAUGCCGGGAGGCGGGAAUCCCGGGGGCAGCGGCGGCAGCGCUCUGUUCUCUGGGUUCCGGGUUCUGGGUCAGUAUUGCAACCACGUGCCGCAUGUUCUACGGUACCAUCAAAAACACAGGGAGUUCUACCUGGUGACGACGGUCGGCAAAUGUCUGCCUUUAUACAACGUUAAAAGAUUGGGGAUCGUUGCUGUCAGUAACAGCCUGCCUGAUGACAUCACCUGUGUGGCCGCAGACAGAAUGUUGUCGUUUGCUGCUGCGGGAAAAGUGGUCAGCGCCUUUGCCCGAAACAAAGAGGUGGUCAUGCGUUUUGAAGGUCACAAACAGGAAGUGCGUCUGCUGCUUCCUCUGGGCGACCACCUGAUCUCUGUCGACAGCGGUGGGGACUUCAUUGUAUGGGACGUCCAGAGCGGCGACGAAUACCUGCGUCUGCAUUUCAACCCCGGUACCUUCGAUGUUUCGGCCAUGAUGCACCCGAGCACGUACAUGAACAAGGUGCUGCUUGGAAGUUCCCAAGGUGCACUGCAGCUGUGGAAUAUCAAGACCAGUAAGCUGCUGUACACCUUCUCUGGUUGGUCAGCAGGGGUCACAGUUCUACAACAGAGUCCUGCGGUUGACGUGGUCGGCAUCGGAACAGCAACGGGACGCAUCAUCAUUCACAACAUCCGAUUGGAUGAGACACUGAUGAGCUUCACUCAGGACUGGGGACCAAUCACUGCGCUGGCUUUUAGAACAGACGGUCCGCCUGUUGUGGCGUCCGGCAGUCCUCAGGGCCACAUUGCAUUCUGGGACCUGGAAAAGCGUCAGCUGCUGACUCAGCAGAGAAACAUGCACCACACAGCCGUCGCGGGGGCAACGUUUGUGAAUUCAGAGCCGCUGUUGAUCACGAAUGGAGCUGACAACGCAAUCAAGGUAUGGAUUUUUGACCAGGAAGGGGGAGGAGCCAGGCUACUUCGUAGUCGUGAAGGUCACAGUGCCCCGCCCACUACUAUUCAUCACCACGGCAGUGAUGGUAAAAACAUCCUCAGUGCAGGUCAGGAUGGAACACUGCAGUCUUUUUCUACAGUCCAUGAGCGCUUCAACAAGAGCCUGGGUCACGGGUCCGUCAAUAAGAAGGCGGAAAAAAACAGGCAGAAGAAGGGUGUUGCUUUUAACGAACUACGUCUUCCUGCAAUUACUUCUUUCUCCUCUGCCCUGGCACGUCAGUCGGACUGGGACGGCAUCGUAGCCUGUCAUCGCGGUUGUAUCGCAGCUACGACGUGGAACUACCAGAGGAGCACCAUGGGAGUUUACCACCUGAUGCCUCCGGCCAGCGCUCACAAGGAUACCGCCGCCACGACCGCCACCAUCACUUCCUGUGGGAACUUUGCUGUGAUUGGCUCGUCGUGUGGACGGGUCGAUGUCUAUAACCUGCAGUCUGGUCUCCAUCGUGGUUGCUAUGGUGAAGAAGGCAAAGCUCACCGCGGCGUGGUGCGAGGAGUCGCCACGGACACUCUCAACCAGCUGACCAUCACUACUGGCUCUGAUUCGCUGCUCAAAUUCUGGCGUUUCAAGACCAAGAAACAGGAGGAGGAGCUGAAAAUGAACAGUACGCCGGCGCUAAUGAUGCUACACAGAGACAGCGGGAUGUUAGCGUUAGCGCUGGAUGACUUCACGCUGCAGGUGGUCGACAUAGAAACCAGACGAGUGGUGAGGAAGUUCGCCGGGCACCACGGCAGCAUCAAUGACAUGACGUUCAGCCCCGACGGCCGAUGGCUGGUGACAGGAGGGAUGGAUUGCACGGUUCGCACCUGGGAUCUGCCCUCGGGAAGCCUGGUGGACUGUUUCCUGGUUUCCAUGGCGCCUGUUAGCGUGUCCUUUUCUCCAACCGGGGACUUCCUGGCAACAUCCCACAUAGACAGUCUGGGCAUUUACCUCUGGACCAAUAAGAGUCUGUGUGGGCCUGUGGGGCUCCGCCCCCUGCCUGCGGACUACCAGCCUGAGACGGAGCUGCUGCCAGGCGUCGUGGUGGAUGAAGUUGAAGAAGAGGUGACGGAUGAGGAAAUGCAGAAUGAGUAUAAGUCAUGUGAUCAGCUGGGGGCGGAGUUAGUGACGCUGUCGCAGCUGCCGGAGUCUCGGUGGAGGAGUCUGCUUCACCUGGAUGAGAUAAAGAAGAAGAAUAAACCGAUAGCGCCCCCUGUGGCUCCGACUGCAGCGCCCUUCUUCCUACCUACAGUUCCUGGUCUUACGCCGCGGUUCAGUCUGCCCACAGAGGGUGAACAGGAAACACAGUCCAAGGUGCUGAACUGGCAGUCCUUGUCCCAGAGGUCAGAGUUCGCUUCUGCCCUGGAGGCGGCGCUGGAGUCUGGGUCGUACGAUCGUCCCUUGCAGCUCCUGAAGGAUUGUGGGCCGUCUGCAAUCUCCAUUGAGCUCAGCAGUUUGUCGUCAGAGGGAGGCGGAGACAACGGGCUGCUGGUCGCCUUCAUCCACAUGAUUGACAGCAUGUUGCUGAGUGGGCGGGACUUUGACCUGGCUCAUGGUUACCUGGCGCUGUUUCUGAAGCUGCACCUUCGCUCCCUGUCAGACGACACCGAGGCCACGGCCGCGCUCCAACGACUGUCCGCCCGCCUGGAGGCCAGCUGGGCGGAGCUACGGGCCUCUUUCGACCAAUCGCUGUGUCUGCUGUCUUACGCCAAGAGUGCUUUGUUGUGACACCUUCAUCCUCACACACAAAUUAUUUUUUCUUUGUUUAAAUAAGUUGACGUUUUUCCGUUUCUUUUUGUUUUGCUGUCAACAAAAAAAAGAUUUAUUAAAACUGCAUUAAACAAUG